GAGGAGGCGGAGGGGGGUUACGAGUCACUUCUCAUUACACUAAUUUAGCAGAGAGAGAGAGAGAGACCUAAAGAGAGAGCGACAUAGAGCGAGAGUUAGAGAGAGCGCGCACCUCUGCAGUAAAAACGCUCCACCGUCCGCUGGUGAGAAAACCGACAGCACCUGAACGCACCGGGCGGGUUCCUCCGUUCAGGUGUGACAGAAACAGCCCAUAAUACUCCGGGAGCGACGCCGAGCCCUCGCGCGCCGUUUGGUCCGGAGAUCAAGCGGAGGAACUACACGGUGUCCAGCUCACCGGAGACCACCGGAGACCACUGGACAGCUCGCUCUACAUCCUCCGUACCCUCCGGUACCGGAGCCCCGGAGCCCGCGCGUCUUUACCCGCUGCGGAGCGCGAGGAGCCGCGGGGGCGGAGCACGUUGCGUGGAGCAGAAGAGCUUUAAUAUCCGGAGAAGGAGCCCCGCACCUCCUCCUCCUCCGAUGGGUUGAGGCUCGGUCUGCAGAGCCCCGCUCGCACCUGCCGCCCCCGACCUGCGGGGGGCGUUGGGAUGUAGCCCCCCCUCCGCUGCUCUCUGCAUCACCAUUCUUCACCCCCGCCUCCUCCUCCUCCUCCUCCUCCUCCUCCUCCUCCUCCACAGCCCCACCAUGCCGGCGGGCAUGAAGCCCCUGGAGAAGUUCCUGAAGAAGCAGACCACCGCGCUGACCCGGGCCGGGGGCUUCGUCGGGGGGGGGUCGGACAAGGCCGGCGGCCCCGGGGCCUCCCGCCGCAGGGCCAGCCUGUCCCGGGUCGUCCCGUUCUUCCGGGAGACGUCACCGGAGAGCGGGCAGCCGCGCGAGGUGUUCAGCCCCGAUAGCGAGGACCCGCCCACCUGGCCCUUGGCCACGGGGCCCAGCAGCGCCAUCGGCUCCGGUUCUGGACCCGGAGACGUCCGCAGCCCGUCUCAGUCCAGCGACGAGCAGAGCAGCUCCGAGGCCACGGAGGGAGGAGGAGGAGGAGGAGGAGGAGGGACGCCUCUUCCUCCCGACACGCCGGACAACCUGACCCUCGCUCUGCUGGACAGCGCGGCGGGAAAACGCACCGGACUCUGUACAGGAAUGUGA